UAAUUGGGUUAAAAACUGAAGUUCCCCUGCUCCUCGGGAAGUGAGAAGCAAAAAGAUGACGGAGGGGCGCCGCUGUCAAGUCCAUCUCCUUGAUGACAGAAAGCUGGAACUACUAGUACAGCCCAAGCUUUUGGCCAAGGAACUGCUUGAUCUAGUGGCAUCUCACUUCAACCUGAAGGAAAAGGAAUACUUUGGAAUAGCAUUCACAGAUGAGACGGGACAUUUAAACUGGCUCCAGCUAGAUCGCCGAGUGUUGGAACAUGACUUUCCCAAAAAGUCAGGACCUGUGGUUUUGUACUUUUGUGUCAGGUUCUAUAUUGAAAGCAUUUCAUACCUAAAGGAUAAUGCCACCAUUGAGCUAUUCUUCUUGAAUGCAAAAUCCUGCAUCUAUAAGGAACUUAUUGAGGUUGACAGUGAAGUGGUAUUUGAAUUAGCUUCCUAUAUUUUACAGGAGGCAAAGGGAGAUUUUUCCAGCAAUGAAAUUGUAAGGAGUGAUUUGAAGAAGCUGCCAGCACUUCCCACCCAAGCGCUGAAGGAGCAUCCAUCCCUGGCUUACUGUGAGGACAGAGUAAUAGAACACUACAAGAAGCUGAACGGUCAGACCAGAGGCCAAGCAAUUGUAAACUAUAUGAGCAUCGUAGAAUCUCUCCCCACCUAUGGAGUACAUUAUUAUGCAGUGAAGGAUAAGCAGGGAAUUCCAUGGUGGUUAGGACUCAGCUACAAAGGAAUUUUCCAAUAUGACUAUCAUGAUAAAGUGAAGCCAAGGAAGAUAUUCCAAUGGAGACAGUUAGAGAAUCUGUACUUCAGAGAGAAGAAGUUUUCGGUGGAAGUUCAUGACCCACGCAGGGCCUCGGUGACUAGGAGGACGUUUGGUCACAGUGGCAUUGCAGUGCAUACGUGGUAUGCAUGUCCAGCAUUAAUCAAGUCCAUAUGGGCUAUGGCCAUUAGCCAACACCAGUUCUACCUGGACAGAAAGCAGAGUAAGUCCAAAAUCCAUGCUGCAAGAAGCCUGAGUGAGAUUGCUAUUGACCUGACAGAGACAGGAACACUGAAGACUUCGAAGUUAGCCAACAUGGGUAGCAAAGGGAAAAUUAUCAGCGGCAGCAGUGGGAGUCUCCUUUCAUCAGGUUCCCAGGAGUCGGACAGCUCUCAGUCUGCCAAGAAGGACAUGCUGGCUGCGCUGAAAUCUAGGCAGGAAGCUCUGGAGGAGACACUCCGCCAGCGACUGGAGGAGCUGAAGAAACUGUGUCUUCGAGAAGCGGAGCUUACAGGGAAACUGCCAAGAGAGUAUCCCUUGGAUCCAGGGGAGGAGCCGCCCAUUGUCCGGAGAAGAAUAGGUACUGCCUUCAAACUGGAUGAACAGAAAAUACUGCCCAAAGGAGAGGAAGCUGAGUUGGAGCGCCUAGAACGGGAGUUCGCCAUUCAGUCCCAGAUUACGGAAGCUGCCCGCCGCCUAGCCAGUGACCCCAACGUCAGCAAGAAGCUGAAGAAACAAAGGAAAACCUCUUACCUUAAUGCACUGAAGAAACUACAAGAAAUCGAAAAUGCAAUCAAUGACAGCCGCAUCAAGUCCGGGAAGAAACCCACCCAGAGGGCUUCACUGAUAAUAGAUGAUGGAAAUAUUGCCAGUGAAGACAGCUCCCUUUCUGAUGCUCUUGUUCUUGAGGAUGAAGAUUCUCAGGUUACCAGCACAAUUUCCCCUUUACAGUCCCCUCACAAAGGGCUCCCCCCUCGACCACCAUCGCACAACCGACCCCCUCCUCCCCAGUCCCUGGAAGGACUAAGGCAGAUGCACUAUCACCGGAAUGACUAUGACAAGUCACCCAUAAAGCCCAAGAUGUGGAGUGAGUCUUCUCUGGAUGAACCUUAUGAGAAGGUGAAGAAGCGCUCCUCUCACAGCCAUUCAAGUAGCCACAAGAGGUUCCCCAGCACAGGUAGCUGUGCAGAAGCUGGAGGAAGCAACUCUCUGCAAAAUAGUCCCAUCCGAGGUCUCCCUCACUGGAACUCCCAGUCCAGCAUGCCAUCUACACCAGAUCUACGGGUCCGAAGUCCUCACUAUGUCCAUUCCACUAGGUCAGUUGACAUCAGCCCAACGAGACUGCACAGCUUAGCACUGCACUUUAGGCACCGGAGUUCCAGCUUGGAAUCACAGGGCAAGCUCCUGGGGUCAGAGAAUGACACCGGUAGCCCUGACUUCUAUACCCCAAGGACUCGUAGCAGCAAUGGCUCUGAUCCCAUGGAUGACUGUUCCUCUUGUACCAGUCACUCAAGCUCUGAACACUACUAUCCAGCUCAGAUGAACCCCAACUACUCCACCCUAGCUGAAGACUCCCCUUCGAAGGCUAGGGAGAGGCAGCGGCAACGGCAUAAAUCAGCUGGAAACCUGGUCUCUUCCAAUUCGGGAAGCAUGCCCAACUUGGCGGCCCGGAAUGGCACAGGCCACCAUGGAGUCUACCUCCACAGCCAGAGCCAACCUUCCUCUCAGUACCGCAUCAAGGAGUACCCGCUGUACAUUGAGGGUAGCUCCACACCUGUGGUAGUGCGCAGCCUGGAGAAUGACCAGGAGGGACACUAUAGCGUAAAAGCACAAUUUAAAACAUCUAACUCCUACACUGCAGGAGGCAUGUUCAAAGAAAGCUGGCACGGGGAUGAGGGGGACUCAGUGCGGCUAACCCCUUCCCGUUCCCAGAUCAUAAGGACUCCAUCCCUAGGCCGGGAGAGCCACCAUGAGAAAAGCUCAGGCCGGACAGUUGUCUCGGAUGAGCUUCGGCUGUGGUACCAGCGCUCGACUGCCUCCCACAAGGAGCACAGCCGUCUGUCGCACACCAGCUCCACCUCCUCAGAUAGCGGCUCCCAAUAUAGUACAUCAUCUCAGAGUACCUUUGUGGCUCACAGCAGGGUAACAAGAAUGCCUCAGAUGUGCAAAGCCACAUCAGCUGCCUUACCUCACAGCCAGAGAAGCUCGACACCUUCCAGUGAAAUUGGAGCUACUCCCCCAAGCAGUCCACACCACAUCCUAACCUGGCAAUCUGGGAGUUACAAUGAUAGCUGUUUCCUGGAUUCUCCCCUCUAUCCAGAACUAGCUGACGUCCAGUGGUACGGACAGGACAAAGCCAAGCCCGGGACUCUGGUGUGAAUGAGCUGGGCCUCAAUCUCUCAAUGCCAUUCUGAGAUCACCUCACUGCCUCUCAUUUGCCUUACCCAGACGCACGGUCACCCUGCACCAGCUUCAGCUCUUAGCACUUUUUUUCCUCCCCUCUCCUCAUCCCCUCACCCUCAAAACCUGACUGAGGAGAUAUUUUGGAAGGUUCCGGUCCCACUGUGUGUCCUGUGGCUCUCUUGCCCACAGACAGUCAAAUGCAAAUCCUUAGAAGCAUCUCCAGUGGCUGCCUCCAGCCCUCCAGCCACGGAUUCCCCCAGGCCAGGGACAAUCAAGAGUUGGCAUCGAGGUCCAUGUCACUAAAGGAUAUGGGGGCGGGGGGGUGACAGAAAUAAGGGCAGCAUAACUCUUCUGUGACCCAGAAAGAAUGUGUCCAUUCUGCCAUCUCUAGGCCAGCCAAGCGCUUCCAGAAGAGGAUGUCUGAUGUGGGACAUUCACAGUUUACACCUGAAGUAUUUUUUUUUUUAACACAACAGUUUGGGGGGAAUGAAAAAGGAAGCCUGUCACUUCAGAGCUACAUCAGAGGAUCACAAUCAGUUCUAUGCUGCCAAAGAUUAAAAUAAAAAUAACCAACAAAAAAGAAAGGCCAAGACAAGGAGGGCAUUCUGCUUCUGUAAGCUCCUUUCACAUUCUCAGUCAUGCCCAGAAGUGAGAGUCCCUCCCUGCCCCUCUUAACCUCUAUUCCCCCUUCAGCAUUAAAGCCUGGAAAACCAAGCCAGUGUAAUGGAUGAUAAAGACACUAUAGUCUUGGAGAGUGUCAGUGACCCAUAGUCCUAAGUAAUCUGGACCGAUGGGAAAGCAUAUGGGGAGGGGGUAACAGAGGAGGUUCAAGUACUGUUCAUCCUGGCUGAACAAGCAGGGUACAAGACAGGUAGUUGCUUUCUGUUCAUGGUUGUGGUCAAACAGUCUAUCAUGGAAACAACCCAUAAAAUCACAUCUUCUUUUAUGCACGAGGUGUUUCAUUUUUUUGUGGGAAACCAAGGGUUAAAAGCACAUUGUGAUCCAUCCAAGUGGUAAAGCUAUAUUACAUUUAAUUGUUGUAGGUCUUUUCAUGUUUGUUUAGCACUUGUGUAACAAAGGGCUCAGAUCUCAAAGCUCUCAGCACCCUGUUAGUUACUUAAUGUGUUGCUUAUUUAAAGAAUACAACUAUGCUCUUAAGUUGUAAGAUUUUCAGUAGCAUGUCUCCUAGCCAGCAGGCAUGGCAGAGUUUUUUUGAAAAAAUCACCUCCCCGAGGGACAGUAACACCAAAAACAUUAUCAAUAACCUUGAUGCAUAGAUUGUCUGUAGAUGAAAGAAAAAAAAAAGAAGGAUUUAAAGGGGCUGCAAGUUUACAUGUAUUAUGAGCAAUGCUUUUUACCUGUCUAGAAAGCCAUCAAUCUUCAAAGGCCUCAAAAGUACUUUUAUAUUACCGAACAAGUGCACAAUCUCCACUGGGUUAUUUAAGCCAGCACAAACAAGGUUUCCACAGAGGUGCUGGGCUGGGUUUAUUGCCACAAGUGGGGUUGGGAAGGUGAGGGAGCAGGAGACGUUUUUCCACUUGUUCUGUGCAGAUAAUGAGUUUCUAUUGGAAAGGCAUUCAACAG